UGUACCCCCAAAGAGAGAGCUAACAUCCUGCAGAGCCAUCGACAAGCAAGCUAAGCAACGACCAUGGCGUGGUUCUUCGCGGAGAGGAGAGGACCCCAAUGGAAGCAUGGAUGGAGAGAGCAAACACUUGCCUCCCUCUCCCUCCCUCCCCCUCAACUCAUCGCCAUAUUCGCCAUCGUCAUCCUUUUCCUGUCCGUGUCGUGGUACGGGGACUACAAGACGCAGGUGCGGCGCACCGAGACCAGCUUCAGGUUCCUCCUCUUCCUCCUCCCGGCCGCGCUCAUCGUCGUCGCCCGCUACGUGGUGAGGGAUAGCUGGUUCGUGUUCCGGCUGCCGCGGGCGCGGCGGGAGUCUAUACAUCCGGCGGGGAGCUCGCCGUGGGGGGUGUUGCUGCUGGUGCUGGUGCUGCUGGUGAUGGUCUCUUACCAAUCUUCCUUCCACGCUCAGUGGUUUAGGCCACUGUGGAGGGUGGAUUGAGCCGCUGCAGAGAGGUGAAUCCAAGUGUGUGUGUAGGGGAUCCUGUUUUGCUUAGAGCUAAUUAAGUUUGCAUCUUGGCGUGCAAAUGUUGGAA